AUGCAGCUGCGUACUUUUAAUGCGGAGAUUGAAAAGGCGAGACAAGCAUUUUUCUCAAAAGUCAUCAAUGAUAAUAUUAACAGUUCCCAUGUUCUGUUUGCAACUGUCGAGAGGCUAACUAGUCUCCCAGCACAGUUAGCCACGGACUUCAUAUCUCAGACCAGAUGUGAUGAGUUAGCAUCUUUCUUCAAUGAAAAAAUAACAAAUAUUAGAUUAGCCAUUCAUUCCUCUAAAUCAGCUAACACAACCAGACCACGGACACAGCCACACAGCAACAACCUGGUCACAAUGCCGGCUUUCAGCCUGAUUAGUACUAAAACACUGAAUGACGUAGUAAAGACCCUAAAUCACUUCUGGUUCCGGUUGAAACGUCCACAGCAUCAUGUCUGGGAAAAGGAGGAAGUUCUGACUGACCUGCUGCUCUCUAACCAGGAGACCACCUCCAGUUUUGACCAGAAGCAACCAGAACCUCCACUGAUUAAGGAGGAACAGCAGGAGCUCUGCCAGCAUGAAGGGCAGGUCAUUCAGAAGCAGGAACAUGCUUCCUUCUUGGCGAACUCUCCUUCUGAAGAAACAGACAGCUGUGAUCCAGAACCACACAGGAACCAACCCUUGUGUCAGAGUUCUACUGAAGUUGAAAACCAAGAUCAAGAUGGUUGCAGGAAUGAAAACUCUGAACUAAAUGGCAAUGAAGAACUGACACAAAAUAAAAGACGCCAUCAAACCAAAGAUCAUCGAGACAGUGUAGAUAGUCAGAAACUAAACAGGAACAAAAGGGCUCACAGAGAUGAGAGACACUUUUCAUGUCAAAUCUGUGGAAAGUCUUUUAGUUACAAUAGUGCUUUAACUGAUCACAUGAGAACUCACACAGGUGAGAAACCAUUUAGAUGUGAAUUUUGUGAUAAAUGUUUUACUUACAGUAGUGACUUGACUAAACACACAAGAACUCAUACAGGUGAGAAACCUUUUAGAUGUGAAACAUGUGGUAAAUGUUUCUCUAGGACUAAUGUCUUGACUGAUCACAUGAGAACUCACACAGGUGAGAAACCAUUUCCAUGUAAAACUUGUGGUAAAUGUUUUUCUUACAGUAGUGUCUUGACUAAACACAUGAGAACUCACACAGGUGAGAAACCAUUUCCAUGUAAAACUUGUGGUAAAUGUUUUACUGUCAGUAGUGGCUUGUUUUAUCACAUGAGAACUCACACAGGUGAGAAACCUUUUAGAUGUGAAACAUGUGGUAAAUGUUUCACUCAAAGAGGGAACUUGACUUAUCACACCAAAAGUCACCACAGGUGAGAAGUCGUUUCCAUGUUCGAUUUGGAAAAUUCAGCAAAACAUUUUCUUUAACUUAUGUGAAAAUUCUCACUUGCUAUUAUAUUCAUGAAAUGUGUUUGUCACAAGUAUUUUUUUUCUUCAUAAAAGAAACCUGACUCAUUUUUCUUUUAAACCUGUGAUGAGUUUCACAGAUAAGCAGAAAUAAGAUUCAGACCAGAAAACAAACUUGAUCUAAACCACUUCCUGUUGACUAAAAUAAAUCUAGUUUAUGCUUUAACUCA